AAAAGAAAAAAAAAAAAGAGCUUCCAUGUACAGAACUUCCACAGCCUCAUCAAAACGCACUUUUCUUACACAUGAGACGGUGACUGAGACCCUUCUCAAAGUAAAAAAAAGAUUAAAAAAAAGAAAAAGGUAUUGAGACGAAGCUUCUGACAAAAUUUAAUACUAUAAAGUAACGAACAUCAAAGGUUUCUUUUUUCAUCGUUCUCUCUAUUUCUAAUUUUGCAGCCCGCAUUUCAGGUUACCUUUCGCAUUUCCCAAUCUAAUCCGCCGAAUCCCUUCUCCUUCUCCGCCUUCACCAGAUCUAAUCUGUCCCCUCCGCCUUUCUUCCUCUUCAAUUUCAGGUUUUUACCUCCCAAUAUUCUUAUCUCCGAAACCCUAAUUCUCUGCAAAAACCAAAAUUCUGAUCUAAUCUGUAAUUCAAUAAUAUCAAACACAAUUAUCAUAAAUUUUCAAACAUAUCCUACCCGUUGCCUGUUGUUGAUGGGCACAAUUAGAGCUAGCACCGUAGACUUCUACAAACCCACGUCAAACUCUUCCCCCUCCUCCUCCUCUCCUCCUUUCCCAAACACCACCUCCACUUCCUUCACCGAGACAGUAAAUGGGUCGCACGAGUUCAAGAUCGGUGGCUACUCUCUAUCCAAGGGCAUGGGAAUCGGCAAAUAUAUAGCAUCAGACACAUUCAUCGUCGGUGGCUACGCGUGGGCAAUCUACUUUUACCCCGAUGGAAAGAGUCCUGAAGAUAACGCGGCCUAUGUGUCCUUAUUCAUAGCCCUCGCAAGCGAGGGCACCGACGUCAGGGCGUUGUUUGAGCUCUCGAUGAUAGAUCAGAGUGGGAAAGAAAACCAUAAAGUUCAUACCCAUUUCGGGAGAGCUCUUGAGAGUGGACCUUAUACACUAAAAUACCGCGGCAGUAUGUGGGGUUAUAAACGAUUUUUUAAAAGAACUCAAUUAGAGACGUCAGACUAUCUCAAAGAUGAUACCCUGGUAAUUCGAUGUUGUGUUGGUGUUGUCAAGUCCCACACUGAGGGACCUAGGACCUACACCAUUGCAGUACCACCAUCUGAUAUUGGUCAGCAUUUUGGAAAGUUUCUAGAAAGUGGAAGGGGUGCUGAUGUAAAUUUUGAAGUUGAUGGGGAAAUAUUUUCUGCUCACAAGUUGGUUCUUGCAGCACGCUCACCUGUAUUUAGGGCGCAACUUUUUGGUCCAAUGAAGGAUCAAAGCACUCAAUGCAUAAAAGUCGAAGACAUGGAAGCCCCAAUUUUUAAGGCAUUACUCCAUUUCAUUUACUGGGAUGCCCUACCGGACGUGGAAGAGCUUGUUGGUCUACAUUCUAAAUGGGCUUCUACACUGAUGGCUCAGCAUCUGCUUGCAGCAUCAGACCGUUAUGCCCUUGACAGGCUUAGAUUGCUUUGUGAGACUAGACUGUGUGAAGAUAUUGCCAUAAACACUGUUGCAACAACACUUGCCUUGGCAGAGCAGCAUCAAUGUCUCCAAUUAAAAGCUGUAUGUCUCAAAUUUAUUGCGCUGCCUGAAAAUUUGAAAGCUGUUAUGCAGACAGACGGAUUUGAAUACUUGAAGGAAAGUUGCCCUUCUGUCAUUACAGAACUUCUGCAAUAUGUGGCUAAAAUGGGUGAGCAUUCUGUCAUCACAUGUGGACAUGGAAAUGAGAGUUUAGAUGGUGAUAUAAAUGGAAGGCGAGUGAAGCAAAGGAUACAUUGAUUUAGGAAUAACAGAGCUUGUUCUAUGGGAAAAAACAAGAGCUUGUUAGGCUUAGACAUUUUUGAGAUUGUACUAACACUUUACUAUUUAUAAUACAAAUUUAAUGGUAGUGAUUCCUUUUUGUUGGUUUUCCAUUACCUUGGAUCCCUGGUGAAUUCUUGUCUGUUAUUAUGUAUCAAGUAGACCUUUUUUCCA